CCCUUUUGAAACUUAUAUAUAAGAAUAUCACUCUCUGCUCUCUUUCCCUAUUUGUGAGCGAUCAAGAAAUAGUUAACAAUUAUGGAGCAUAACCCAUUUCUCAGGAUUCCCAAACCAUCCAAUAUUGUUCAUCUGCGUCUAAACCUAAACCUUUUCUAUCACUUUGUCUUCUUCAUUGUUGGUAUCUCACUAGGAACAGUAGUCACUUUGUAUUUCAAAACCUUUUCUUUUCAUUUACAGUACUUUCUUUACCAUGUAAAUCCAGCCUCCUCAGAACCACCGUACCGGCCACAGGCUCCGACACUAGCCCCACCGUCGACACAGCCGGAACAAAACCUAUUAAUGUCCGGCACAAGUAUCAUCAGAAGUACAACGAAGGUGUCUCUCAUGCAUAAUAUGACAGACCAAGAGUUGUUCUCGGAAGCAAUUAAGGUACAAGGAAUGAAGCAGGAUGAUGAUUUUAAGAAGAAAAACCCUAAAGUGGCUUUCAUGUUCCUAGCAAAAGGUUCACUGCCACUGGGACCCUUAUGGGAGAGAUUCUUCAAAGGCCAUGAAGGCUUCUACAACAUCUACUUACAUCAGCAUCCUUCUUUCAAUAAAACUCUCCCUGAAGAUUCUGUCUUCUUUGGCAGAAGAAUCCCUAGCCAGCCAGUUUUUUGGGGAACUUCAACAAUGAUAGAUGCAGAAAGGCGUCUUGUAGCAAAUGCGCUCUUUGAUGACAUCUCAAACCAACGCUUUGUUCUUCUUUCAGAAUCCUGCAUCCCUCUUUUCAACUUCAAAACUAUAUACAACUAUCUCAUCAACUCAUCUCGCUCUUUCUUAAGCACUUUUGACGACCCCAGAAAGCCAGGUCGGGGACGAUACAACCCUAAAAUGUCACCCAUGAUCAACAUUACCAAUUGGCGAAAAGGGUCUCAGUGGUUUGAACUCCAUCGUGAUCUUGCAAUCAAACUUGUCUCUGAUACCACUUAUUACCCUAUCUUUCAGAAACUAUGUCGUCCACCUUGUUACAUGGACGAGCAUUAUAUACCAACAUUUGUGCAUAUGAAGUAUGAUAAAAUGAACUCUAAACAUAGUAUUACAUGGGUUGAUUGGUCGAGGGGUGGCCCACAUCCAGGAAGAUUUGGAUGGGGAGAUAUUACAGACGAGUUCUUGAAUCGAAUUAGGUAUGGAGGCCAUUGCACUUAUAACGGUAAUGUCACCAAUGUGUGCUUUCUUUUUGCGAGAAAGUUUAUGCCAAAUGCAUUGGAGCCUUUGUUGAGAAUCGCUCCUCUUUUGCUUGGCUUUGAUCCUUAGAUUAUGUUCCUUUGAUUCGUUGCCAUUUUCAUAAUUUUAUAUUCUUUCACCUUUA